AUGUUCAACGAUACUGCUACUAUAUCCGACAUCCGAGUUCAGCUCGAGUCUCUCGACAAGACCAUCAGCCAGUUCGGCCGAGGCUCUUCAUAUAUCGAGUCUGCUGUUGACAUUGGCAACAAUGGAAAUGGUUUCCUCGGAUACUACGGCAUCUUCGACGACAAGGUAGCUGCCCUUCUGGAACAAGACCCUCGAGUCGAUGUCUACGAGGAUGUCAAGGUGACUCUUCCUGCCUAUGGAAGAAGCAAAAAGAUGCUCAAGAUGGCUUCAAAAUAUUCGGGUAAUCUUGAAGAGGACAACGACUUCUCAUUUAACAGCGACUCCACAGUUUCAGACCCUCUAACUGAGCCCCGCGACUUCGACAUCGACUUUGAACGUCUCAAGUCCCUCUACUCCGAUGACGGCCAUUAUGAUUACGAAGUCGGUGUUAGUUAUGAGAACCUGAAGGUAUCACAGAUGCAACAACAUCCACCCCGACCCAAGCCUCAAGCCUCGUCUCGACCCCGACGGCAACCUCAGACGAGACCCCAGCCCAAGGCGCAACCCAAGCCUCCACCCAAACAGCAGCAACAGCAGCAGCAGCAACAACCUAGACCUCAGCAAAGAAGACCUCAGCCAGGCAGACCCCUUCCGGGCAGGCCUCAACCUCCCAAGCCUCAGCCCAAGCCUCAGCAACCGCAGAGAUCCCAGCAGUCUACCACCAUCCCUGCUCAUAUGCUGACUCAGGAGAAGACCACUCAAUGGGGUCUGCAUCGUAUCUCAUCCCAGAAGAAUACCGUUUCACCUGGAGUGGCCAAGAUUAUCAAGCCCUACGAGUUCAUGAUCCCCCAAUAUGACACUGUGGCUUAUGUGGUCGACUCUGGUAUCAGAAUUACCCAUAAGGACUUCGGUGGGCGAGCAGUCUGGGGUUACAACGCCAUUGAUAACAUCAACGAGGAUAUGAACGGUCAUGGAUCUCAUGUUGCUGGGACAAUUGGUGCCAACAAAUGGGGUGUCUCCAAACGAACCCUGCUCGUGGCAGUCAAGGCAUUUGGGGAAGAGGAUUGUGUCUCUGUUGGCACCUAUCUCCAUGCUGUCAACUGGGCCAUCAACGACUACAUUGCCAAGGGCCACGACAGAGCCGUCAUCAACAUGUCUGUGGGCGUUCCUCGUGGAUUUGAGCCGUUUGACAGACUUGUUAGACACGCUAUCAAGGUAGGAAUGCCUGUUGCUAUUGCUGCCGGUAACGAUGGGCGAGAUGCUUGCAACUACUCACCCUCUCGAAUGGGCAAUCAUCCUGGCGCUAUAACAGCAGCCGCCAGUAGCAAGGACGAUAGACUGGUCCGUCGGUUUGCCGGGUGGAUGUCUCGAGGCUCAAACUUCGGCGAGUGUGUUACCGUGUUUGCGCCGGGUAUGAACAUUGAGAGUGUCUCCCACCAGAGUGACACUGGUACGGAUAUCAUGAGUGGUACGUCCAUGGCAGCUCCUCACGUUGCUGGUCUCAUGGCAUACUUCCAGAGUAUCAGCGACCAGCUUCUGACUCCUAUGCAGUUGGAUUAUCUUAUCACUCAUGCAAACCAGGGCACUAUGAGAGGCAGACUUAAAAACAGCCCUAACCGGUUGAUCUACAACGGACUCUAG